CUUCCCUGAGCCUUCUCGGGGGUCUCUCUAAAUGUAAACAGAAGCCCCUAAGACCACUAGAAGAGGCGAGUUUCUGCUGAAUUUGUGGUAUUUGGAGCAUAUUGGGGUGAGGUGAGAGGAGGCGGAGGCGGGUCCUGGACACUUGACUCAUCACACUCACUGGACGGCACAAAAUGGAUGGUGAUGAUGCUAUAAAAACUCCCAUUGAGGAAGUCAGUGGGGGUUGGUUGCACCAGCUAGUCGUAUAUGCUGCCAGAAAUCCUUGGGAAUUUUGCUGGUACCUUUUACUCUGUCUUUCACCCAUGUUCUUCAUCUCUGCUAUAUUGUCCUGGAAACUGGCAAAAGCACUCGAGGCACAGGAAAAGGCAUUAGUAAUGAGAAGAACAUACAGUAGCGUGCUCUUGCAACAACACGCAGCAACCAUCACCUUGCCUGAGGGCACUGAAGGGAAGAUGCACCAUAUAACAAGUGAAUCUAAAAAAAAUAAUUAAAACAAAUUUUAUAAAAUAUUAAACAAGAAAAAUAAAAGUCAGUUGUUUAGUAAAUCAAGCCUCAACAUAUAUUUGGAAGCCAAGAGAGAAGGGGGCAUUCUCAGUGGUGUGGCACGGUGGGUGAUAGGCACAUUGCCCGGUCAGUCAUGUUAAGGCCAGCGCAGGUUGGGUAACCGGAUGGGCAUCCUCGCCUUAUGGGGAAACCUCGAUUAGCCUAACACACUUCAUAUACUUCAACAAUGGUAUAUCAUACUGUACCAUAUACUGUACUCUAUUUUCUCAGACACAAAUAUUGGUAGAAAAGAUUAAGAUUAAGUUCUUUCCGUUGUUGUUUUAAAGUGCACUUGAUGAGGUAGUGACUAGUUGUCAGCAGAGUUUUGGUUUAAAUCUCUGGGAAGACUUAGAAGAAUUUGUAUUGAAAAAUAGAAGUUCCAAAAGGAUUCUUCUAUACUAGAUAUGCUCUUAAAAUGGGGGUUGUGGCUCGGUUAAUGAUGUUCACAUCAGUCAAAUUAAACACAACUGGGUCUCUCCAGUAACUGGAUAAGUGACUGCAGACAGCUUCACACUGGGCUCUAGAGACCUCAGUAAGCUGAAUAGACCUUCUUUCCAUUAUUAUUAAAUCCCAGUACUGUAUAAAAGUCCAGAUUAGGUUAUCAAAAUUAGAAAAACAGAUUCAAAGGCUUUAUUCAUAAGAAUUAAUCAUUACAUUUCUAGUUGGUGUACAGCAGUGUAAAUCAAAUUCAAAUUUUUAUGCAUCAAUUGAUGAACACUUUGCUUACAAAUUGAAUAAUAAUAUAAAUUGGUAAAACAGUGUACAGUAUUAAUAGUAAUGACAACAGUAAUAAUAGGAACUGAAACUGAGAUUUAAAUUAAAAAAAAAUUAUGUAUUCAUGUGUAGGUGUUUAUAUUUACAGUAUACAAAUUCAAGAAAGUUUAGUUCAUAAAAUGUUUGUGCAAUUAUAAAGGACUUGGUUUAAAAUAUAUACUGUAAUACAAUAAUCAUUUAAUAAAUAAUAUUGUAUUACAGCAUUAAUAGCCUAAAACUGGCCAUUAUACAGUAAUUAUAAAUUAUAAACAUGCAUAAGCAAAGCCUCAUUUAUAACGAUGCAGAGAGAGUGAAAUAAAUUUGAAAGAUAGCUAACAAACUAAAUAUAACACUGGACCCCCCCCCCCACGGCUACUCACACUCCCAGUUCAGAGGCAGAGAAUCAAAAACAAAAACGAAACCGCCAACCAGAGGAAGGGUGGGUGCCAGGGAGCCUCCGGGGGGCUCGCCCAGAAAAUGGCGUUUCAUUACAUUCUAUUGUUUUUUAUUUUUUUUGUAUAAUAGUAGCUUCAUUAGUUUAUGUAACUCCUGUCUCCACAAUUGUACAUUACACUUAAGUUCUUUGUGUAGACAGUAUAUUCUUUUGAAUAAAAAUUUUAAUUUGAAAGUAUUGGUAGGUUAGAGUGAUUGAUACUUUACUUCUUUGGAGAAACAAAACUAAUUUUAAUUUUUUAAAAAUAUAAUGAAUAAACAAAUUAAUUAUGGUCAUUUAUAUUACUGCAUAUGCAGGUGAUGUCACUGAAAUUGCAAAACAUUGGUAAAACAUCUUACCAUUUUAGAAUUGAUAUUUAAUUUGUUUAAUGUCCUCAUAUGGCGAAGUUUUAUUUUGACAUUGUAUAACAGUCUUCUGGCUUGCUACCAUCUAUUAGUAACUUUAUAUAAUAAGGUUGAAGUAGAGGGGUAACAAGUACAGGACAUAAUCUGCUAUUUAUCUAUCUGAACAGUAGCAUUUCCUGUGGGGUAUGUAGUGAAAAUUAUGUCCCUACAGAAAGACAUUCAGAAAAUAUCCAAUUCAUGUGCAAUGAAUACAAUAAUUUUUACUUUGUAUUU